CGAAAAUUAAUCUUUUUUUCGUAUACCUCGAUACCUCAUGGAUUCAAAGAUGUGUACCUGAUGACUGUGAUAUUAUAGCAGAAUGUACCGAAAAAGUAACCAGUAGAUGUCACGAUCGUCGACAAAAUAGAAUUUUCGCGCCAGUAGAUUUCUGCGCUGGAACAGAAGUGUAAAGUUACGUGGAGGAGACUAUUUUAAUCGCAUUCAUCGUUCAAGAGGUUUAAGUGGGGCACGUUUUACAUCGAUAUAGGUUAACAACGCGAUAGAGGGGGCAACAACUCACGUGUUACCGAACGUGCUGCGUGAUGCGGAACAGUCGCUCUGCGUGAAAGAUAUACGAUGUACGGUGCGGUUUUAGUCUUCAUAGAUAUCGUCGUUUGAAACGAACCGUGUUUGUAACCGUGGUGGUACUACCAGGAAAUUUAGUGAAAAUAAAUUUUAUGUUCAAUUUACUAAUUUCUUAUAAUUGUUCUGGUGGUGCGCCACUUAUUAACUUGAUCAUUAAUGGUGAAUUCGAUAUAUUUAAUAAAAUAAACUUUUGUACCUUUGCUUGGUGUUGAUACAGACAAUCUAUUUUCGACUUCUCUAUCGAUUACAAUCAUUUUAAUUAGCGACGAAAUAUAAAAAUAAUGCGCGAACUUCGAGUUCAUUUAAUUUAACAGCAGUGUUGUGAUCUGACGGAUAUCGUUUAAAACGUUAAAUCCGGAAAAGAACGAUGGAGGAAGUAUCCACUAAGAAUGCCAAGGUGUCAGAUUCUGGAUGUUCUAAUAGCUGCAGCAAUAGCCAAUCGCGAAGAAGCAGUGGCAGUUCAAUUUCGAGAAACAGCAACCGCUCCGAAAGUAGCGGUUAUUGCGGUAGGCGCCCUUCGACAUUUGAAUCCAGAAUAAGGUUCAGAAGUAUCGUUACAUGUUGUAAAUAUAUGCGAUGCCUAUAUGAACGUAGCAAUGAAGCCCUACCGCAGCCAAUCAGCAAAAGAAAGGAUAAAGAGCACAAGAAGAAGAAGUCGAAGGCAAGUUUGGCCGUAAAUAAUGAGGCAGAUAUUACCCUGAAAAGUGCCGGCACACCGGCGGAAAUUAUGUCUUAUAAUGUCGCCGUGCCAACGAAAGCUGUAGUUGAAAAGAAACCAGAAGAAAUAGCUACUGUAGAAUUGGUGGAUGCAACGGAUCCUGGCGAGCACAACGGCGAUACCAUCGCAGAUGUAGAAGCAGGAUUUGCUUCCCGUACGAUUCCUCUGGAUGAUUCCAUCUCUCAAGCUAAUGAGAGCUUUUGUGCGGUGAUCUCAAUGCACGACGGCCUCGUGUUGUACACGACUCCCUCCAUAUGCUCAGCUCUAGGAUACCCCAAGGAUGCCUGGAUUGGUCGCUCUUUCAUCGAUUAUGUACACCCUAAGGAUAAAGCCACACUGGCUGAUCAAAUCACAAGUGGAAUGGUUUCUCCUCAAGAAGACAGACCGAAAGGGUUCCUUUCGAGAUCAUCAGUGACAAUUUCUUCGUCAGGUAUUAACGGCAGAAGAGCAAGUUUAUUUUGCGGAUUACGAAAAUACACAAAAUCAACGGUUGUUCAUGAAAUGAACGAUCAACACUCAGAAGCAAGAUCGAACUUGUACCUACCGUUCCAUUUGACACUGUCAUUUAGAGAUUUUCAAGAUCGUGUGACUGAACAACAACACAAAGCAAUGUUCCUGGUGGUUACUGCCCAACCUGUUCAUUCUGCAUACAAAGCGCCAGAAGAAACAAUCAUAUCUUCGGUAUUCACGACCCGCCACACCGCGACGUGCCAUUUAUCCCAUGUUGACCCUGACGUAGUCCAAUACUUUGGCUAUCUACCGCAGGAUAUGGUUGGUCGUUCAUUAUUUGACUUCUACCAUCCCGAGGAUCUGCCUUUCAUCAAAGACAUCUAUGAGACUGUAAUCAAGCUCGAAGGUGCCUCGUUCAGAUCGAAACCGUACAGGUUCGGAGUGCAGAACGGAAGCUACGUCGUCCUUGAGACAGAAUGGUCAUCCUUUAUCAAUCCCUGGACGAAAAAACUAGAGUUUGUCGUAGGUCAGCACAGAGUACUGAAAGGUCCAGCGAAUCCUGAUAUCUUUCGCGUGCAACGCGCUAACGAACGUGGCCAGUUCGCUAACAUUAGCGAGGAGGUGCUCAAAGAGGCCAAAAUCAUACAAGGAGAGAUACGUACACUUCUCGACGAGAACAUCCAAAGAAAGUCAGACAUUACCGAGCUUGAUGUGUCAAAGAGGUGCAAGGACCUCGCGUCCUUCAUGGAAAACCUACUGCAAGAAACGAGGACACCCGGUCUCGGCAAAGAUGCUCUCGCUACUGACGACAGGAGUUUUUCGGGAUCACGCAAUCCCUUGUUACAGGAGCACGACAGCGUGAUGCUCGGUGAGAUUUCGCCCCAUCACGAGUACUUCGACAGUAAAUCGUCCACCGAGACACCACCAAGUUACAAUCAGCUCAACUACAACGAAAAUAUUGAGAGGUUCUUUAAGAGUAAACCUCCGGUUGCCACGAUGUACGGCAGCGACGAGGAGAAUAUUAAUUCCAGCAACGACGAAGGUGGAAAAACGAGUCCGAGUUCUGCAGUGAGAAAAUGCAUGUCACCCAUAAACGGAAGCGGUGCGAGUGGUAGCGGAAGCGCUGAAAACUUGAGUAGCGGUUCGAAUAAUCAAACGAGUUCCGCGAGCGGAGGCAACACUUCAAAUACAACCAGCACGGAAAGCUUCAAACCUCCAACGUUGACGGAAUCGUUGCUCAAUCGUCACAACGAGGAUAUGGAAAAGUUGAUGAUGCAGAAGCAUCGCGAAUUGCGUUCCAGCAUUAAGAACAAUGACAAGCUCAAGGAUUCACGGAUCAAGACCGCCGAGAAAAUGGUGGACACGAAUUCUCACUUCGUCAACCAAGGCCACGGUAUCAAGAGAACCGGAAGCCAUAGCUGGGAGGGAGAUAGUUUCAAAGUUUCGAAGCAUGACGAGAUUUCAAAAACGAGCACCGUGGGCCAAUUUCCUACCAAUGUCACCACAACAGUUACAAGCAUGAGCGUCGAUCAAUCAACUGUACUUCAGAAGGGUGCUAAUAUUAAUUUGUGGCAGCCUUUAUCGGUUGCUGUACCACAUCCACCGCUUGCUCAACCACAAAAUGUAUCACAAAAUGUUAAUUCAGAAGCAAUACCGAGAAUACCAAUAUUGCCUCAGAUGAUACCAGUCUAUUACGUCCCUGUUCCGCAACAUAGUGACCCAACGACUUUAUCGUCUCAACAGGAGAAACAAAGUCCGCAACAAUCAAUGCAAUCGUCGCAACCAAAUCCUUACAUGUUUGUACCACUUUCGUACGUCACGACAACGAUGGCUGGUGUCAUUUACCCACCAGUAGUAGGUGUUCCACCGGCAGGGAUGAUGUACAGACCCUUUUUAAUUCCUGAGCAGACAACGGUCAAUCGAGAAGACAACCAAUGUACGGUUAAGAAGUGCUCUGACAGGAAACGGCCUGCGAGUCAAGCCACCAGUAUCAAAGCAGAACCGGGUAGCACCAUGGAGAUGUUUGAAUCUUCUGAAAAAGUAUUAUCGUCUGGUGGAUUGUUUUCCUCCUGCAUAAGCAACGAUGGAGGUUGCUCUAGCUUGGUGGACGCAUCGACGCCAAAAAAUCAGACGGUCCACAGGCAAAGCGAUUAUAAUGUAGACGAUUCAAGUUCGUCAAGCUUUUACAGCAGUUUUCUGUACAAGAGCAGCGACAGUAGCUGCAAUCCGGAUCAGAAAACGGCGGAAUAUAUACCGGAGGACAACGCGAAGCAGCAUUAUGGUAAGCGACGAAAAGAACCGCCAUGGCUCGAAGGUGUCCAAUUAACUCCAGAAUUGAUCUACGAGUAUCAAAUACACCCAAAGACUUUGAACGAAGUACUUCAAGCCGAUUUAGACGCCUUAAAAAAUUUCAAUCAACCCCUCCUAGUGAACGACCAACUGGGUCGUCUUUAUUUAGACCUGGAGGUUGAGGGAUUCGAAACGAAACUUGUUCUCGAAGAUGGAAUCACAUCCAGCGGCAGCGACAGUGGAAGCAGCAACGGAAGCUGGACGGCGGGGACUAUUUCGCAGCAAAAACAUAGGAGAAGAAUGGUGAAGUACGGUAAACUCAUGAUGAUUCAUGAAGAGAACGCACCGUUACCACCGCCGUUGCCACCUCAAACCGUACCUUGUCAAGAUUCAUAGGAUCGAUCUUGUUACAUUCGAUAGAACACUAUUUUUAAAUUCAGAAUUUCAUCUGCGAAAUUGUAAUUCGAAUUUGUCUUUGGUGCUUCAGAUAUAAUUACGGCUACGUACACUUCCAACGUCCUUGAGACUAUUUUAUCAUUACACUUAUGUUUUGAGGCAGAUAAAAUUGUCUAUAUUUAUGCGUACACGUUUACUAUUAUCUGUUUCUUUUUUCUUACUCUUACGUUUGAAGUAUACAUUCGUGAUUGAUUUACAUCGUUAUAUUAUGUUAAGUAUAUGUAUAUUCCUUUAGCAUUUAACGUAUGUAUAGUUAGAAUAACGAUCAUUUCUUUCAUCGACCAUUAAGCAUUUUAAAUAACCAUUUUCUUCAUGAUUUAAAGAAUAUUCAUUGUAUAUUUUAACUGCCUCAAACGCUCGUUCUUGUAUUUACACAUAGGUCAAUUCGUACAUAUAGAUUUUAAGUUAAUCAAUAAGCAAUUAAAUGUUACAUUAUUUAAAGUUAUGGCUUUAGUUCCUUUUUUUCUUUAGAAUGAUACUCGCUGAUAUUUUUACCAUUUACGAUCGUGGUACCUUUAUAAAUACACAUUACGACAGUAACUAUUUUCGUAACAUAAUAUUCACGUAGCUAUCAGAUUCCUGCCAUUGGGUAUACAUUGACGUCCACGUUAUUCUGUCUAAUUAAAUCGAGAUAUUAGUCAAUAAUUUUUUAUUUUCAUACGUAACAUAUAAUCGAUAAAUUCUCAUUGUUUCGAAAAUAGGAAGUCCGUUGGAGAGUUCGUCGCCUGCACAACUUUUAGCAUAGAUUAAUACGAGUACAAGUAGGAAUGGAAAGAGUAAAAGGGGUCGAUAGAUAUAAUUAUAUUCGUAAUAGGUAUGACGUUGACCACCAUGUCGAAAAUGGACAUUAAUACAAAUAUUCAACAUUUUAACCGACAUGGCAGCCAACUAUUUCUAUUACAUUUUGUAAUUAGUCUUCUAUAACGUAUUGGACAAAUUCUUAGAAAAGAAUUUUUUAAACAUAUUACAUGAAUUGCUGAUUCUACUCAUUGCAAUUCCUAUUACAUAAUAUAGAAUGAUAUAUUUGAUCAAUAAGAGGAAAUACACCGAUUUUGAAUAACGCUACCUCAAAGAUAAUGUUUGGGAGUAAAUGUAUGAUAACGAAGAUACUUACAAUUAGUGUAAGUCUGUGUGUUUUACAAAGAAUAUAGCUUUUUAUAUCCUACACCUUUCAUUUUUAGAGAUUUUUCAAAUAACAUUAUUCUUCCAUUCGUCUUGCAAUACUCGAGAUUUUUUACGUUGAUCAAACAUAUCGAAAUCUGCAGCUCUCUUAAUAUCAAUCGAAUCCUUUGCCUUUUAUUUUCUAAUAAAUCAUGUAUGCAUGGGCGUAACUGAAAUUUUUAAGGUGGGUUAUACAGUUGUGUUAGUGUUUACGUCCCACUGCUAUCAAGUAAGUUUUAGAAAUGUUGACUCUGAGAAUUUAGAAAUUUGGAAACUCGAGGACUUAGAAACUUGAGGUUUUAGAAAUUUGUGAAUACAAAAUUUAGCUUUUUAAAAGUCUGAGAGUUUGAA